AUGUCUUCCUCCUCACCCGCCUUCUUCGACCUCUCCAAAUUCCCCCCCUCCUCCGCCGCCUCCGACGACGGCAGCGUCUCCUCCCUCAUCAGCAUCUCCCCGCGCUCCAGCCGCUCCCUCAUCCUCGACCAGUCCUUCUUCGACGCGGAGGACCCGUGCCCGUCGCCCAUCGGGCUCGCCGAGCCGCCGCCGCAGCGCUCGCUGCCGGCCAUCGACGAUGCGCUGUACAGUGCGCAGGUGAACGCCAGCCGCAGGCGGAGGAGUGCGGCGUAUGGUAGUAAUGCCUCCUCCUCGUCGACUGCGGCCGGUAAUGUUGGCGGUGGUGGGAGUGCGAGUGGCGGGAGUGUGAGUAGUAAUUAUGAUAGUGAUGGGAGUGGCAGGAGUGGCGGGAGUAGGUUGGUCAAGACGGGCGAGAUGGGCACGGGGUCGGAGAGGGAGAGUGAUGGGGAGGUGGUGAGGAGGUAUCAGGAGAAGAGGGCGGCGAAGCCGAAGCCGAAGAAGAAGGUGGUGGUGAUUAGUGGCGGGGAUAAGGUCAAGAGGAAUGCAGGAAUCCGAAUGGCCCCACUGAACGUCCCCAUGAAACGCCGGCUCCAAACCGCCGCCGUCCUCCUCCACGGCUUCACCAUUCCCCUCUACACCUCACUCUUCUGGUUCCUGCUCGCCAUCCCACUAACAUGGCCCAUCCUGCUCCCCUACCUGCUCUACUGCCUCUUCUCCGAAGCCCACCUCGACGGGUCCGCCCCACGGCGGCGCUCCCCCUUCCUGCGCAGCCUGCCCCUCUGGCGCCUCUACACAGACUACUUCCCACUCAAACUACACGCCACCACCGCCCUCGACCCGGCAAAGAACUACAUCUUCACCUACCACCCGCACGGCAUCAUCUCCCACGGCGCCUUUGGCCACUUCUGCACCGAGCACACAACAGGCUUCGAGGCGCUCUUCCCGGGGAUAACAAACACCCUGCUGACGCUCGACUCAAACUUCCGCGUGCCCUUCUAUAGAGACUUUCUCCUCCUCAUGGGCCUCGCGUCCGUCUCCCGCCGCUCCUGCGAGGCCCUGCUCCGCGGCGAGGCCGCCCCCCGCCCCUCCUCACCCAACUCAACACCCGCAUCCUCAUGCUCCCUGUGGAAACCAUGGACCUGGUGGCGCCUCAUCUUCCACCUCCCCAUCUUCCACCCCGCCCCCCACCGCAGCCAGCAGCAAUACACCGCCCCCUCCGGCGGCGGCCGCGCCAUCACCAUCAUCGCCAUCCGCGAGAACGCGGGCCUCGUGCCCGUGCUCUCGUUCGGCGAGAACGAGCUCUACGAGCAGGUGGUCCCAGCCGGCGGCGGGGUUGUGGCGCGGCUGCAGAUGUUUGUGAAGCGCGUUGCGGGUUUCACGGUUCCGCUGUUCCAUGCGCGCGGGGUGUUUAAUUAUGAUGUGGGCUUGCUGCCGUAUCGGAGGGAGGUGAAUACGGUUGUUGGACGGCCGGUGUUUCCGAGGGCGCAGAUGGAGAGUCCGAGGGAUGGGGAUGUGGAGGAGUUGCAGGAGCGGUAUUUGGCGGAGUUGAGGAGGCUGUGGGAGGAGCAUAAGGAUGUGUAUGCCAGGGGACGGCUGCCGGGGAAGGAGGGGGAGAUGGUGUUUGUGGGGUGA